AUGAAUACUCAAAAUAUACCUUCACUACAAUCUGACUCAAAUUAGGAGAUAUUAAAAGAUAAUUUAUCCAAAGGUGCUACUUAAAAGUCAUAAGUUAAGAGUGCUUAAAACAAAGAUAAUAAUGGAUCCCCAAACGACAUUUUGAGUGCUUUUAACCAUAAAAGCUCUAUAUCCAAAUUAAAUUAGGAUUUAAUUAAUUCAAGUUUCAAUCAGACAACUAACACUUUAGGAUAACAAUUAGCUGACAUUUUAUUUUACUGCAGAAAAAGAUUAGAUGAGAACUCAGUCGAUUAUCUUACUAAAGUGAUCCCUCUUGAUUAUGAAAAAGAAGAAAUGGAAUUGAUUGAAGUGCCUGAGUUAGCUUAGUAUAUCAAACAAAUAAUUAAUUAUCUUACUAAGUGUAAACUUGAAAUGGAAGCUAAAAUGCAAUAGCUCAUCAAACCUGAUGAAGAAUACAUGAAUGAAUAUGAAGGAAUGCUUCAAAAAAUGGAAGCAGAGUGCCGUAAUCAUAUUCGAAUUGAACAGUAAUUAAAAAUUUAUGCAGAGACAGCUCAAGAAAGACUUGAAUUUGUUGAAAGGGAUUUAGAAGUGCUAGAAAAGCAAAACGAAGAACUUAAAUUAUAAUUAAAUAAAAUGACAUAGACAAACGAAGAGCUUAUAGGUUUGAAUAGAUAGAGAGAUGAUAAAAUUGAUUAAUUGAAAAAGAAAAUCAAAGAACUAGAGGAAUAAGUUGAUAAAUAGCAAUAGUAGCUACUUCACUAAAGUAGCUCUUCUUUGAAUAAAUUAGCUAAAAUUCCUUUACAUAACAAUAGAGGAUCUAUUAGAGACUCUGUUGAUCAUAAUUAACAAAUUAAUAGCAAUCAUUAUGGAGAGUAAAGUAGUUUAAGUGGGGCUAUGCCAUCAAGUGGUGGAAAUUCUCACAAAAAUUUGAUACAAAAUAAUCAGAAUUAGUCUGCACAUCCAUCUUCAAGCGAAAACAGUUCUUAAAAGCAAUAAGUAAAUCCAUAAUAAUUAGGUACUAAUUAGUAAUCUUUACAAAAUAAGAGAAGUAAGAGAAGUGUUAGUACAUUAAACUCAGGUGUAAAUAAUGACGAGGGUUCUAACACUUAAAGAGAAGUAAUGAAAUAGCUAGAAAAUAACGCUAAUCGCCUCAAAACAGAACCUUAUCAUAAUAUAAAUCAUUCAACUGGUUAAAACUCUAAUGCUUUGAAAUCUACUAGUAGUAGUCACUAAUACAACAUGAAUGGUAGCCAAAAUACAUAACCUUCAAAUACUUAUUCAUAAGAUGCUCUUGCAUACUUACUUGGAAACUCUAAUUAUAAACCUUCAUCUUCAUCAUCCUAAAAUAAUCGCUCUUCAACAAAUAUAAAGGAAGAUAAUAAAAGGAUUAUGGAAAAAUACUUAUUUGAUAAGGGAGAUAAGGCCGUAUUGAAAAAAAUAUAUGGAGACAGUGCCAAAUCAAAAUCUUUUAUAGAUCUAAACAAAAGCUAGAAAAAUUAAAAUUCAAGCAGAGGAAACAGUACUCAUGCAUCAAAAGGAUCUCAGCCAUCUAGCAGUUAAAACUAAUAGCAAAAUCUUAUUAAGCAAAUUUAGCAACAAUAAAUAAUCAAGUAAGUCUAAAGCUAAUAAGUUCUGAACAGGAUACAGUAAAAGAUAAACCAAACAAUAUAAAAUAAUGGAAGCAGUAAGAAUAGCAAUGCAAAUAACAGUUCAAACAACUUAAGUAAUCUUUAUCACAAUAACAGUAGUAAUAACAAUACUUUGUCUUAGUCCUAAACUUAAAGAGCUUUAUCUAGAAGCAAAAGUAGAAGUAAAGUUAAAGAAUCAAGCAACGAUAAUUCCAAAAUAUAAAAGGAGUACAAUAUCUAUACUUUAAAUCCUUAAAAUGUUUAUAAAGUGCAAUAAGCUAAAAACUCACCCUUGAAGUAGUCGAAGUAAGAUAGCCAUAGAAGCUAAAGCCUAGAUGCCUAUAGUAAAAUGAAUAAUAGUAAGUAGUAGGCUAGCUAUAAUCUCAAAUGA